AUGCUGCUGCUUGAUUGCAACUCAGAGGUGGGGAGUCUGACGCCUCUGCUGGCGGCCGGGGCCUCGGUCAACGCACCCCCGGACCCCUGCGAGCAGUCGCCUGUGCACUUGGCCGCGGGCGGCGGCCGGGCCUGGUUUCUCCUCUGGCAGCUGCAGAUGGGCGCGGGCCUCAACCAGCAGGAUGUGUUUGGCGAAGCUCCACUCCACAAGGCAGCCAGAGUGGGAAGCCUGGAAUGCCUUAGUCUGCUUGUAGCCAGUGAUGCCCAGAUUGAUUUAUGUAAUAAGAAUGGGCAAACAGCUGAAGAUCUUGCUUGGUCGUGUGGAUUUCCCGAAUGUGCCAAGUUCCUCACAGCGAUUAAACGUAUGCAGACAGAACACCCAGGAGAACCGUCCCACAGAGACCCCUGUGUGCCAGUGCUCAGGCAGAAACGAAGUUCUGCAAGUGCAGGAAAUACAAAUGGGAAAAGGAAGUGUCCGUAA